GAAUGGGCUCUGCUUGCAGCUGGGCACCCGUAUAAUAAGCAAGGUAUUGGAUACUUUCUCUUUGACUGGGAAGGCUUAUACUGCACCUCGAUUUCAAGCUGUUAAGGUUGAGUCAUUUGAACUUUUUUCGGACCGACGGUUCAGUAACCGUAGCAUAAAUCUGGUAUAGCGUUGCAGGAGUACCAAGGCCCGGGAUGCUCAGGCGGGCUUGGAAGCCUAUUGCUGCUACGACCGUACUAAUCGGUACCCCGAGCUACCUCUAUUAUACGUUCAAGAACAGACAGCAAACUUUCGACCUCGCCGUUAGGGUUCGUGGUGCGGACGGAAAAGCUAUGUUGUCAACCCGUACCUUCUCUCUUCUCAGCAAGGGUGCCGUAGACGAACGCUUGAAGGAGCAUGCCACCUCGGAGAGCAGUCCCAGACCUGGAGGCAUAGUCUGGAAACACACCACAGCAGCACUAGCGGCGAAUGAUCCUUACGAAGAUGCUCAUUCAAACACAAUAAUCGCCAGAGAUGCGUCCGACCCAUCUGCGCCUGGUGAUUUACUUUUCUUUGCAGUUAUGGAUGGUCAUGGAGGCCCGCACACUUCUCGCCUCUUAUCAAAAACUCUCAUCAAUGCUGUUGUCCUCGAGCUUUCCUCGUUUAUCAAGGGCCCAGGGUCUGGUUCAGGCCUCGUGAAAAAUGUGAAAUCACUUUUUCAAUCUCCUCGUGCUGAUCCUAUCGCUGUUGCUGCGGACCCAGUAGCCAUUUCUACCGUGAUUCAAGGCGCAUUUACGAAGCUAGAUCAAGAGCUUCUCAAUGCUCCUUUGACGCUACUGGCUGCAAACCUUGAUGAUGCUGCUAUCAAGAAGAACAUGCUCCCUGACCUCAGCCAACAUCCUAUGGCUUUAGCGACGAUGCUUCCAGCAAUCUCGGGGAGCUGCGCUUUACUGGCUGUGAUUGAUACUGCACAUCGCAAUUUGUAUGUGGCAUGUGCGGGAGACAGCCGAGCUGUAGCUGGUGUCUGGGAAGAGACUCCCGAUGGCAAAGGAACUUGGCGCGUGGAGACACUAAGCGAGGACCAAACAGGACGAAAUCCCAACGAACUCAAGAGAAUACAAUCUGAACAUCCUGCUAAUGAGGCAAUGGAUGUUAUCCGUGCAGGCCGCGUAUUAGGAGGGCUGGAGCCUUCGAGGGCCUUCGGAGAUGCUCGGUACAAAUGGUCUCGUGAUGUUCAAGAAGUGCUCAGCCAAGCUUUCCUUGUUGGUAAUAAACAACCGCUUCGACCCCCUCCACAGACUUUCAAAACCCCUCCAUAUGUCACAGCAACGCCAGUCGUUACCCACCGCAAAUUAUCUUUACCACCCCUCGAUAAUGCGCUCACAUCCAAGUCAUCAUCUGCAGUUCGAUUUAUUGUUCUAGCAACAGAUGGGCUUUGGGACCAGCUUAGCUCCGAAGAAGUAGUGGCUCUCGUUGGAGGACAUUUUGCAGGAUUGAAAGGAGACAUCCCAAAAUCUUCCCUGUCAAAACUCGUUUCGACUACGGUUGGUGCACCAACAGUAGAAGGGAAAGAUAAAGACCGCAGCAAGAAAGAGGACGGUUCUUGGGCCUUUGUUGACGACAACAUCAGUUCUCACCUCAUCCGCAAUGCGUUUGGUGGAGGCGAUGUACCUUCUCUAAGAAGAUUGCUCAGCAUACCUGCUCCUGUAGCCAGAAGUUACAGAGACGACACCACCGUCACAGUGAUAUGGUGGGAGGAUGGUCGCGAAGAAGAAGCCAAGGCAACUGCAUUUUCUUCAGAAGUCAAGGCCAAACUCUAGACUACACAUUUGUUACUUGCAGGUGCCAGAGUCCCUUAUGUUACAAGUGUUUUGCAAUUAUAGUUAAUUAACAAGGAAAAGUGCAGUGAUCAAGAACCAAAGGACAAUUUAUAUAAUCAUUUUCCUUCUCUUGCCAUAUUGUAUUGGUUUAUGGCCAUGGCUAUGACGAGGCUCUGACCAAUGCAGGUUGUUACUGUUCUUCAAGCGAUUGUAUGGAUUGAGUGCCCCGCCCCCAAAGGAAGAUUUUCUAGAGGCAUUGCGAUGUCCUAGUGACGCACGUUUGGGAGAAGGGGUGUGUAUAGAUUUACGGACAGGGGAACUUAAUGAUGCAUUGUUGUCGUCAUUACCAUCAGGCGAUUUGCGUUUCUUCUCGUUAAUAGUCGAUGAGGAGUAAAAGCUACUGGUAGGAAUGGAAGAGGGAGGGGGUGACGAUGUAGGUGGCGACUCCGUAGCAAAGCCAUCGGUCUUUGACGUAGAUGUAACCUCGGCACUCUCCUCCUUUGAAGUCUCUGAUUUGUCUUCGUCGUAUUGUGUCAAACUCGACAGGGCAGUGUUUGCUUUCUGGGAGGUAGCUUCAAUCUUCUUCUGUACGAGCUCCGCUUGAGGAUCACGGGCUACAGGUUUUGGUAGUUUCUUCUCUUCGCCGUCAGACAUGAGGGAGGGAAGUAGAGGGCCGAUAAACGGUCGAGAUGCUUUUACUCCUACAUCUUCAUCAUCUGCCUCCUCGUCGCUAUCAAUGACUUUUCGCUUCCUCAUGUUAGCUACGAUACCAAC